UUACGCGCUGACGAAGUCGCGAGUAAUCACUAGUAAGUAAUAUACAUAAUUUAGCUAUAAAUUACUUGGCAUUGAUAGAUAAUAAGAAGAAAUUACCUGAAUUUUAAAAGCCAAGGAGCAUUGUUUAAUCUUGUUGAACAUAUUUAUACACGCUUUUUCCUUUGUUCAUUGUACUAUUGGAUUUACUCGCGCUCGCUGGAGACGUGCAAAAUGUUGAAGAACCCAAAUUAUCUCUACGGACCGGACGACAGCGUGAUCCCAGUUAAAAUAAAUUUAGGCGAUUAUUUAGUCAAAGGAUACAAGAAGCAUGGUGAUAAAGUUGCAAUGAUUAAUGCUGUAACCGAAGAACAAAUAACAUUCAAUGAAAUGGUACAAGCGGCGAUGAACCUCGCAGUAUCCAUGGUGCGUCUUGGGGUGAAAAAAGGAGACGUGAUCGGGAUAUGCUCGGAAAGUCGGCUUGAGAUUUGGCCGACAGUUCUUGGUCUGACCUGUACUGGCGCAGUUAUUACUCCUAUAAGUACUGGAUACAUUAAAGACGAGCUCAAACACGUAUUGAAUAUAUCGAAACCAAACUAUCUGAUCUGCUCUAAACAAGCGUACCAAGUACACGAGACCGAUUUCAAGUCGUUGAAAUGCAUAAAAGAGAUAAUAUUCUUUGAGGAAGAACGACCAAAUGGUGCAUUAUAUUAUAAAGAUUUGGCCAUAGUAUCUCCGACUUCAAUACUCACAGAGAAUGUAAAGAUAGAAGAGUUUCUAGCUGUGGAAGUAGAUGGAGGGACUGAAACUGCUUUUAUAAUGUACUCGUCAGGUACGACUGGACUGCCGAAGGGUGUGAUGAUAAGCCAUUUAAAUUUAAUUGGUAUUUGUGCAGCGCGGGAUAUUUGUGAUCCAAAAUUAAAUGUAUUGCAAAUUACUCCGUGGUAUCAUAGCAUGGGUCUUAUGGUGAUGCUUAUGUACAUGUACUCUGGAUUACAAUUAGUAUUUCUACCAAAAUUUGAAUUAGAUUUUUAUUUACGAUCGAUAGAAAAGUAUAAGAUUAAAAAACUACUUUUGGUACCAUCUGUAAUAUUGGCAAUAUGUAAAACGUCUUUCUCAUACGAUGUGAGUUCGGUAGAAGUUAUUGUAUGCGGAGCUGCUGUUCUCCAACAAGAUAUUAUCCAAGCUGUUAAAUCAAAGUUUAAGAAUUUAAUCGACGUCUACCAAGGCUACGGGAUGACAGAAGCUACGCUUUUAGUAUCGCUAUCUUCGUACGUUAAUAGACAGAAAUGCAAGCCGGGAAGUAUUGGCUUAGUAACUUAUAAUACAAUUGUCAAGAUUGCAGAUGUAGAAACAAGAAGGCCGUUAGGUCCCUUUGAAACGGGAGAAAUCUGUUUCAAAAGCGCAACGCUAAUGAAAGGUUACAUAGGAAAAGACUUAAGUGAAGAUCUUGAUGACGGCUUCUUCAAAACUGGCGACAUCGGAUAUUAUGAUGAUGAGAAAUAUUUGUUUAUUAUGGACAGAUUGAAAGAAUUAAUCAAAUAUAAAGGUUACCAGGUUCCACCGGCGGAGAUAGAGACGCUAUUGCUGCAGCACGAAGGCGUACGUGAUGUUGGUGUGGUGGGGCUGCCGGAUGCAUUGGCAGGUGAGGUGCCUCUUGCCUUUGUGGUGCCUCAACCCGGUGCUUGCCUCAAUGAGGCAGAAUUGCAGAAGUUUGUCGCUGAUCGGUUGUCAAACCCAAAACAUCUAAGAGGCGGUGUGCGAUUUGUUGAAGAAAUACCUCGGAAUCCGAGCGGAAAAAUAUUGCGAAAACAUCUACGAGAGAUACUUCAGAAUGAGAAAAAUACUUUACAUUAAUAUAUAUAACUAUUUUUAGAAUAACUUCGGGAUUAUUUUAAAAGUUUUAAUAUUUCAAUUUUCUGUAAUUAUUAUUGACAACUUUAAUAAUUUUAUCACUCGCCUUGGUUUAAAAUAUCAAUGCCUUUGUUUUCCAAUAUUCAACUAGCCUUAUCAAAAAGUAUUUGCACUAUACAAUGGAAAUUGCUGGAUUGAAAGUUUGCAGAACACUUUUGACAGGAAGAUAUUUAAAGUUUAUAUCUAAACUAUAUAUAAUAAAGCGUAAACACACACUUCUUUUUUGCCUAAGAUUUCAGC